UCUGAGGAUGCAGUUCAGCAUCUCUGUAUUCUGGUUAAACUGCUGAAGAGAGAAUCUGCCUGAGUUUGCUCUGCAGCAGCAUUUAAUCUCAGGACGUGGCGUUCGUAACAAUGAGGUUUCUAAUCUCGCUGUGUGUGUCACUUCUGCUGAUUAAUUGUGAACUGAUCAAUGGACAAACAUCUGGCACAUUUUAUCCAUUUGGAUCUGGAGACACAGUGAAUGCACGCAGUGAUGAUGGAAGUUCAUCAGUGAUUUACCUCCAACAACCAUUUAUAUAUUUUGGACAAACAUACAACCGCAUUUAUGUCAACAACAAUGGACACUUGACUUUUGAUAAUGCAUGGUCCAGCUUCUCUCCGUACCAGUUCCCUGCUUAUGGCGGGAUAGACCUCAUUGCUCCAUUCUGGACAGAUCUUGACAACCGUGUGAAUGGGUUUGUCUCAUAUAAUCAGUACACCUCUGACAGUGUCCUUACACAGGCCACACAAGAUAUAAACCAAUACUUCCCUCACCUGAGCUUCUCUGCUUCAUGGGUCUUUGUUGCAACAUGGGACAGAGUUGCAUACUACCCAAAUUCAGGAACAGAAACAUCUUUCCAAGUGGUUUUGAUAUCAAAUGGCCAUCUCACAUUUGUUUUAAUGAACUAUGGUACAAUUGCUCCAACACAACGAUAUAUACAGGCUGGUUAUGACACAAUCAAUUCAAGUCAUCAUUUCUCAAUAACCGGAUCACUCCUGAGUGACAUCACAAGCCUAUCAAACAGCAGCAAUGUUGAUGUGCCAGGCAGAUGGGCCUUCAGAACAGAUUUUGGAUCACGGGGUUGUCAAUUUAAUGGUGUACAAGUGCAACUUGGAGACUCCUUUUGGAGUGAUGCCACCUGUCAGGAGAAAUGCACCUGUACCAGAAGUGGCCUCCAGUGCAGCCUGCAGCCCUGCACUUAUUCCCAAGCCUGUCGUCCAGCUGCUUUCCAAUACUCUUGUCAGAACAUUCAACGCCAAACCUGCACCAUCUCCGGUGAUCCACACUACUACACUUUUGACAAUCAGAUUUUUCACUUUCAAGGAACUUGCACCUAUGUUCUGUCUGAGGCUUGUGGAAAUGGUUUGCCGUUUUAUCGCAUUGAAGGCAAAAAUGAACACCGGGGUAGUACACAUGUGUCAUGGACUCGGAUGGUCAGAGUGUUUGUCUAUGAAGAAGAAAUUGAGCUCGUCAAAGAUCGCCAUUAUGAGGCAAAGGUUAAUGGGAUUUUCACUACAACACCAUUCACUCUCCGCAAUGGCUCCAUCCAAGUCUAUCAGUCAGGAUUUUCUUUGGCCAUCAGCACCGAUUUUGGUCUGGUUGUUACAUAUGAUGCAUAUAGCUACGUCACCAUCUCUGUACCUUAUGAGUACCAGAAUUCCACAUGUGGUCUUUGUGGUAACUUUAACCUACAUCCUGAAGAUGACUUCCGUUCACCCAAUGGUGAGAUCCUGAGCUCUGAUGUUGAAUUUGCCAACUCUUGGAAGGCAGAAGGGGACCCAGAUCCUGAAUGCCAUAAUGUCAGGUGCACAGGUCUGGCUUGUGCAGUGUGUACCACCAAUGAAAUGAGUGUUUACAGUGACACAAACCACUGUGGGAUCCUGGGAGAUGUUUCUGGCCAUUUUGCUGCUUGCCACUCAGUGCUUGCGGCACAGACCUACAUAGAGAACUGUGUCUAUGAUCUCUGCUUAGGACAAGGGUACCAGCCUAUUCUGUGCCAGGCUCUCAAUGUGUAUUCUGCUCAAUGCCAACAGCAAGGAGUGCAACUAGGGCAGUGGAGACGUCAGGGCUUUUGUGAGAUUCCUUGCCCUGAGCACAGUCAUUUUGAGUCCCAAGGAACAAGUUGCCCUGCAACCUGCAGCAAUCCCUCCGCUCCAAAUAACUGUCCCAUACCCAAUCAGGAGAGUUGUAUCUGUGAUGCUGGGUACAUCCUCAGUUCUGGGCAAUGUGUGCCUCUUCAGAACUGUGGCUGCACAUUUGAGGGUUUAUAUUAUGCUGAGGGACAGUCAGUAAUUUUGGAUGGGGACUGUGGAAGGCAAUGUGUUUGCAGUUUUGGGACAAUGAUCUGCCAUCAGCACCAGUGUGGCCCUGCAGAGGUGUGUGAAGUCCAUGAUGGUGUGCGGGGCUGCAGACCCAUCAGCUAUUCCACAUGUUCAGUUGAAGGCCUGGGGUCAUAUUACACCUUUGAUGGACUAAGCUUCAGAUAUCCAGGAGCAUGUGGACUGACCCUUGCAAGGGUUAUGGGGCCAUCACAACAACCCUAUUUUGUUUUGACAGUGGAGAAAGUUCCCAGAGGCUUUCUCGACUUUUCCAGGUACCUGAAGUUUGAGGCAGAAGGAACUCAGGUUUCCAUAGAAUUGGGCGAAGGGAGCAAUGUACAGGUGGAUGGACAGAUGGUUGGUUUGCCCAUCAAUGUUGGUUCUGGUCGGAUUCGGAUCUUUCACAACAGUGUGAUGGGGUUUGUUUUGGAAACAAACUUUGGGGUGACCGUUAGAGCUGACUGGCCACACAUUGUCAGAGUCACUGUGCCAAGCACUUACAACGGAACACUUGGAGGUCUAUGUGGGAACUUGAAUGGAAACACUGAUGAUGAUUUUUACAGUCCAGAUGGUAUCCUUUUGGAUGACUCUCGAUUGUUUGCGGACAGCUGGCGUGAUGGGUCUCUGUCAGCCCACUGUGAGGACCCAGUUGACAUCUGGGAACCAGGACAUUAUCAGAACAGCAGCCAGUUCAGUGAGCACUGCAACAUCAUGGCCAGGAAUGAUGGACCAUUUGCUGAGUGUAGUAGAACAUUAGACCCUUCGCAAAGGAUGCAAGAUUGCAUUCAGAUGCUGGCUCAGACAGGGGGAUCCAGGGAGGCCCUAUGUGAGGCCUUGCGAGGCUACACACUUCUCUGCCAACAGAAUGGCAUUGCAGUUGGAGAGUGGAGGAGUAUCACCCACUGUGAUCCCCACUGUCCACCAAAUUCCCAUUUCGAAUUAUGUGGCACUUCCUGUCCUGCUUCCUGCCCUAGCCUCUCAUUUCCCUUUCAGUGCACUCUGCAAUGUCAAGGGGGAUGCCAGUGUAAUGAUGGACAUGUGCUAAAUGGAGAUCACUGUGUGCCCCCCACGGGUUGUGGUUGCCACUAUGCUGGCCGCUAUCGGCAACCUGGGGAGCAAUUCUGGAAUGGUGAGCAGUGCCAGUCGCUGUGUGUCUGUGAUGGCAUCACUGGAAAUGUCCAUUGCUCACCAUCAUCUUGCAAUGAGCAGGAAAUCUGUCAAGUGGUGGAGGGACAGUUUGGCUGCCAUCCCCUUCCACAUGCUAGUUGUUCUGCUUCAGGAGACCCCCAUUAUAUGUCCUUUGAUGGAGCAUUCUUUGAUUUUCAAGGCACAUGCCGAUAUGUGCUAGCUACAGUAUGUAAUGACAGUGUUGGGCUUCCACACUUCCAGGUGGAUGCAAGAAAUGAGGCUUGGCAUGGACUCUCAGUGUCAAUUACUGUUGAAGUUUUUGUCAACGUCUCUGGGCAUCUCGUGCACAUGUCAAAAGACAUGUAUGGUUCUUCUGCUGUUGAGAUUGAUGGAGAGACCAGAAACCUCCCCAUCCUACUUGACUCUGGUCGGGUCUCUGUCUACUCCACAGGACAGUUCGUCUUUGUCACAACAGACUUUGGUUUCAGUGUGAGUUAUGGUGGCUCUUGGGCAGUGAACAUCAUCGUGCCAUCAAACUACAGUGGAGCUAUGUGUGGACUCUGUGGCAACUUUAAUGGCCAGAGGGAUGAUGACUUCAUGACUCGUUCAGGUGAUCUGGUACCUUCAGUAGACCAGUUUGGGGCGGCUUGGAAGCUUGAAGAUGAUAUGUCAUGCAGUGAUGGGUGUGGAGCCAAUUGCCCUUUAUGUCAAGAUCAGACCAUCUCUCAGUCUUUGUGUGAUAUUAUCAGGGACAAUCAGGGCCCCUUAAGCUUCUGCCAAUCUUCUGUAGACCCACAAGUAUACUUUAAUGACUGUGCAUUUGAUGUGUGUGUUUCUGGGAACCAUAAUGAUGUCUUGUGUCGCUCUAUCCAAUCCUAUGUGAGUGCCUGUCAAUUGGCCAAUGCCAUUGUCUACCCCUGGAGAGCAAAUGUGUCAUGUGUCAUGACCUGCCCUGAGAACAGUCACUAUGAGCUGUGUGGUACAGACUGUGGCCAUACAUGCGCCAGUAGCAUCGAUGCUAGUUGUGAACACACAUGCUCAGAGGGUUGUUUCUGUGAUGCUGGAUUUGUGAGGAGUGGAGGUCUAUGUGUACCAGUGGAGCAAUGUGGCUGCUUGUAUAACGGAUUCUACUAUAAUAUUGGUGAACAGUUCUGGGAUCCAGAAUGUUCCCAACGCUGCGAGUGUUUUGCUCCAAAUGAUCUGCGCUGCUCUGCAUACACCUGCCCAUCAACAAUGGAGUGCACUGUUAGAAAUGGCCGUCGUGGUUGCUAUGGUCAAAUGUCCACGUGCACAGUCUGGGGCGAUCCCCACUUCAUAACCUUCGAUGGAGCUUUGGCCCACUUUCAGGGAACAUGUUCAUAUGAGAUCGCACAGACCUGUGGUAAUGUUACCGGAGAUGAUCUGUCAUUCCGUGUGGUGGCGACCAACAGACACCGUGGCAACAUGAUGGUGUCAUUUGUAUCAGUAGUGGAUGUUUGGUUGUCUCAACGUGGAGAAAAUAUGCAUAUCACUAUUGGGCAGAACAGGAAAGUCAAAGUUGAUGGUAAUGACAUUGGCACUCCAGCUUCAAUGGUCAAUGAUCUUGUAGAGGUCCAUGAGGAGCAGGGAUUUGUAAUCAUUAAUGCAUUCAAUGAAUUCAUGGUCCAUUUUGAUGGCCAUAGCACCCUCCUAGUCAGACUGAGUGCAAGUUUCUAUAGAUCUGUAUGUGGAAUGUGUGGUAAUUAUAAUGGCAACCCUGCGGAUGAUAAAGCACUGCCCAGUGGAGAUCUUGCUCCUGAUGACACUGCCUUCGGCCAGAGCUGGAUUUCAGACACCAGCACCCCAGGUUGUGGUGAAAGUGACCGGACCGGUAAUGCUGAUGAGUGUCCAUUCAGACAGGAGUAUUCUGAGAUCUGUAGCAUUAUCACCAACACCACUGGACCCUUCCAACAAUGCCACCUUCAUGUAGACCCUGCUCCUUACUACUUCUCCUGCGUGUAUGACCUGUGUCUUUACACAUCUGCCAAUGGCAUGUUGUGUUCUGCUGUUCAGGCCUAUGAGACGGCUUGUGCAAUGUUGGAGAUACAGAUCCCAGAAUGGCGCUCGAGUCUUCAGUGCCCUGUGACAGAUCCCUGUGCUGAACUCAACUGUACUGAAGAUGAAUGGUGUGGGAAGAAAAAUGGUGUUUACGACUGUUUCUGCAACGAAAACCAUUUGAGACCUCAACCUGACUCUUUUGAUUCCUCUGAAACCUGUGAAAGCAGCUCAGGCUCCAUGUCUCUGUCUCGCUGUCAGCUCUUUGAGGCUGGUUUUCCAGCUGGAAUCUUACACCUCAAUGAGCCCAGUUGCAAAGGAACAGUCCAGAAUGGCAGAGUGGAGUUCCAUUUUGAUAACAAUGAGCACAUCUGUGGGACAAAUCUUGUGGCCAAUGGCACCCACUUCAUCUAUGAGAACUUUAUUCUGGGGGCACCAGACUCAUCUGAAGGUCUCAUAAGCAGGAAGAGAAUUCUGAAGCUAUCUUUCAGCUGUGUAUACCUACAAACCCAGACACUCUCAAUGAAUAUAGAAAUGAAUCCACUGGAGAGCAUUGUGCACCGAAUACUUCCAGCCGGUGAAGGCAGAUAUCAGGUCAGGAUGGUUCCAUAUCACGAUGCACAGUUCUCCAACCCCUUCACUGGUCGUGUGGAUGCUGAACUGAACCAGCAGAUUUUUGUGGAAGUUCGUGUUGAUGGGGUCGAUAACAGUCAGUUUGCCGUUGUGAUUGACACGUGUUGGGCUACACCUGAGAAUGAUCCACAUCACCAUCUCCGCUGGGACCUCAUUGCUGGAGAGUGUCCCAAUCCAAAUGAUGACACAGUGGAGCUGCUGCAGAAUGGAGUCUCCACAUCAAGCCGUUUCUCUUUCAGGAUGUUUGUGUUUACUGCAAACUCCACUAAGGUUUACCUGCACUGUGCUAUUCACCUGUGUCUUCUGACGCGUAGUGACUGCUCAGCGCAUUGUUACCCUGGAUACCACCAGAGAGUGGGCAGAUCUCUGGACUUCCACGACAGUGCUUCCAUUUCCAUGGGCCCUCUGGUCAUGUCUGAAAGCAACUCAGAUAUAUGGGCUCCAGAAAGAGUAAAAGCAUCAAGGGCCCCUGGUCUGAGUGGUUCCUUGAUAAUAUUGUUUCUUUCACUCCUAAAUGUCUUCACCAAAUUUUAGUAUAUUUCCACUAUGAAUGACCUCUAAUUUUCAAAGUUUCUCUCUCUCUCUCUCUCUCUCUCUCUCUCUCUCUCUCUCUCUCUCUCUCUCUAUAUAUAUAUAUAUUUUAAUAUUGCUUAUUUUUAUUUUCCAAACUACAUAAUAAUGAACAACUGGUAUUAAACUGAUUUAACUGACCCUCGGCCUGCAGCGGACAGAUCAGAGAUAUCCCACUGUUAGGAAAAGUUGGCAGUUGUUUUGUUUCACUGUAUUGUUGUAUUUGACUAUACUAUGAAUAAAGGCUAUU